AUGUCGGCCGUACAGCAUUAUACAUUGAAUAGUGGAUACAAGAUUCCAUCUGUUGGUUUUGGAACUUUUGCAGCUCCUGUGAACGUUGUAAGGGAUGCCGUCAUUUGUGCCAUUGAAACAGGUUACAGGCACAUCGACUGUGCGAUGUUUUAUAAAAACGAAGAAGAGGUUGGAGCUGCGAUAUCCAAAUCCAUGGCGUCGCAAAAUCUUAGGCGUGAGGAUUUAUUUAUCACUUCAAAGCUGUGGUGCGAUAGUCAUAAGCCAGACGACGUGCGGCCUUCCUGUGAGCUUUCGUUGAAAAAACUUGGCCUGGAGUAUCUCGAUUUGUAUCUUAUCCAUUGGCCUGUGUCGUUUCAUACAAAGCCGGGCAAGGAGUUUUCUAUUGAUGAUCCAGAUGCAAUUGAGUUCGAAGAGCAUCCAUUAGAGGAUACAUGGAAGGCCAUGGAGAGUUUGGUUUCUGCUGGUCUGGUUAAGUCGAUUGGUGUGUCCAAUUUUAACAGGAAGCAGUUGGAUCGAAUACUGAAAAUCUGCACUAUACCGCCGGCGGUGAACCAAAUUGAAGUUUCCGUGAACUGUAUGAACACAAAAAUGAUUGAGUACUGCCAUUCAAAGGGUAUUCAGGUUGAAGCGUAUGCUCCGUUUGGAUCUCCUGGUGUCAUGAAAGGGAAAGUACUUCCACUUUUCGAGGCGCCAUUUGUGAAGAAGAUUGCAGAUGCUCACAAUAAGACUACGGCUCAAGUCCUACUCCGUCAUGCCUUGCAGCGAGGACUCGUGGUUUUAUGCAAAAGCACCACCGAAUCACGCAUCAAGUCGAAUUUCCAGCUAUUUGAUUUCGAACUGACUGAGGCAGAAAUGCACAUACUGAAUACAAGUGGCUGUAACGUUCGACUCUUCGAGAUUCCUGCGUAA